AUUGGAGCACAGCGCGGGGGUGAGGACGCCCGCCGUCAGCAUACCCGCUUACCCUACACACCACCAACCUGUCAUUUCAAGGCAUAUCGGGCUUUUUUCGAGCGCACGAUCGAGGCAAAUAUCCCGGACGUUUGCCGCAGUUCGCUAGCUCGCCGAAACUAGCACGAUUUUUAAAUUCCUAAAGCGCGUCCGAGUCCGAGACGGGAAGACAUGGCCACGACUACAUGUACGCGCUUCACGGACGAAUGUCAGCUGUACGAGGAGCUGGGCAAGGGGGCGUUUUCAGUGGUGAGACGGUGUGUGAAACUGAGCACGGGUCAAGAAUACGCAGCCAAAAUAAUCAACACCAAAAAGCUUUCCGCGAGAGAUCAUCAGAAGUUGGAACGAGAAGCUCGAAUCUGUCGUCUGCUAAAACACCCCAACAUCGUUCGUCUGCAUGACAGUAUAUCAGAGGAGGGCUUUCACUACCUGCUGUUUGAUUUGGUGACCGGCGGUGAGCUGUUCGAAGACAUUGUUGCCAGAGAAUACUACAGCGAGGCAGAUGCCAGUCACUGUAUCCAUCAGAUUCUAGACAGUGUCCAUCAUAUUCACCAACACGAUAUAGUGCACAGGGACCUGAAGCCUGAGAAUCUUCUCCUGGCCAGUAAGUGCAAGAACGCUGCUGUGAAGCUGGCCGACUUUGGUCUGGCCAUUGAGGUGCAGGGAGACCAGCAGGCAUGGUUUGGAUUCGCAGGGACACCUGGUUACCUGUCCCCUGAGGUGCUGAGGAAGGAGGCAUAUGGCAAACCGGUGGACAUCUGGGCCUGCGGUGUCAUUCUGUACAUUCUGUUGGUUGGAUAUCCGCCGUUCUGGGACGAGGAUCAGCACAAACUCUACCAGCAAAUCAAAGCUGGAGCUUACGAUUUUCCAUCUCCCGAAUGGGACACAGUUACUCCUGAAGCCAAAAACCUCAUCAAUCAAAUGCUCACCAUAAACCCAGCCAAGAGAAUCACCGCACAGGAAGCUCUUAAGCACCCAUGGGUCUGCCAACGCUCUACUGUGGCCUCCAUGAUGCACAGACAAGAGACCGUGGAAUGCCUGAAGAAGUUUAACGCUAGGAGGAAACUCAAGGGGGCCAUCCUCACCACCAUGCUUGUGUCACGAAACUUCUCUGUGGGUAGCAGGCAGACCACAUCUCCCGCCUCGGUCACUGCGGCUGCGGUAGCCGCGGCUGCAGGCACCACAGCAGGGCUGGUGGAACAAGCAGCCAAGAGCUUGUUGAACAAAAAGGCAGACGUUAAGCCCCAGACAAACAGCACCAAAAACAGCAUAGUCACCAGCCCCAAAGGAAACCUUCCCUCUCCUGCACUGGAGUCGUCGGAUAGCAGUAAUGCCACAGUGGAGGACGAGGAAAUGAAGGGAAAGGUUGUAGAUAACAGUUCAGUUCAGUCAAACGCCAGCUCCCAGCCUGACCCCGCCCACACACCUCUAGGCCCCUCCCCUGCUGUGUUCACUGCCACUAAGUUCACUGAUCUGCUGGGUGCGGUUCGGCGGGGCCCGGGGCCGGCAUCUGAUAUUGAGGGGGGAAACACAACCACUCCCGCUGCUGUUUCUGCCCCCUCCGCUCCCCAAACCCCUAACAUUCCCACACAGAUGUCACGUUUGACAGAUCUAGUUGGCAGUGUGCGCAGAAGUUCAGCCCCCCAGACUGACAGUGAGCCACCGGCCCCCAGCAGACCCCUUCCAGCCCCUGCCCCUGUAUCUGCUCCAUCCCACCCCUCCCCUGUCCCUUCCCAGUCCUCCUCAACCCCCCUACCAUCAACACAUUCGCGCAAACAGGAGAUAAUCAAAAUCACCGAACAGCUUAUUGAGGGCAUCAACAAUGGGGACUUUGAAGCCUAUGCGAAAAUCUGUGAUCCUGGGCUUACCUGUUUUGAGCCAGAGGCCUUGGGAAAUUUGGUGGAAGGGAUGGACUUUCACAGAUUCUACUUUGAGAACUUGCUGUCCAAGAACAGUAAGCCCAUCCACACCACCAUCCUCAAUCCUCACGUGCACCUGAUUGGGGAAGACGCCGCCUGCAUCGCCUACAUCCGCCUCACGCAGUACGUGGAUGGGCAGGGCCGGCCACGCAGCACCCAAUCAGAAGAGACGAGAGUGUGGCAUCGCCGGGACUCCAAAUGGCAGAAUGUCCAUUUCCACUGUUCGGGAGCUCCAGCCGCUCCUUUACAGUGAAGGUUGUAGCCACAUCUGACAAGAGUGCCCAGCCAGAAAUGGAGAGUGCAAGAGAGGGAGAGAGAGGGGGAAAGUUGGAGAGAGGGAUGAAGAAAAGCAAACCCAUUGAUGGGUGGCUGCGAGUCUACAGUCCCUGCCCCUCCCACACUGGGCCCAGCCCCCGCACCUGUCAAUCACCUCACCUACCAAUCACAUUUGCGUCGCCACCCCAUCAACUUUACCCCUCACUCUCAGUCCCCCUGUACGUUUUCUCCUUUGCCGAGGCUCCCCCCAUUGUGCACAUGUGCUGUGUGGAGUUAGACAGUCUUUGAUUAUUAAGGAUGUUUAAAGCCUCAGCAAAUCGUCUGUGAAACGCUUUCCGUCGCACCUUCCCAGUGUGAAUAACGACCUUCGUUACAUUGAUUCGCCGUCCUCACUUACCGUGUGUAGAUUUUCGAUAUUAUUGUUAUGAUUAUGAUUAUGAUUGUUAUUACUGUUGUUAUUAGUAUUAAUACAAAAGCAAUUGUACGUGUCACUUAUACCACUCAUAUUCUGGAUGCCAAUGAUUUUUAAUUUACGUAAGACGUUUAUUUCUGGACAUUUUUGGAGAGCAUGAAUUUUUCAGUAUAUCCACAGUGGCUGUUUCUAUGACGAUACGGAGAGAUAUCGGCCGCCGUUUAUGUACAGGCUUUUCGAUGUGAUUCAUAAUUGAAAGCUCAAGCUCACAUACAACAAAUGUGUCCGUCCAUGUGUGUUCAAUCGUCGGUGGACAUGCAUUGUCUGUGUGUGUGAAUGUUCGGGGCAGAGCCUACCCGAGCCUGAUCUAGAACUUUUGGGGUCUUCCUUUUUUAUUUACGACUCUAUUUCUCUUUCUGAUUUGUGACACAGAUCGCAACUUUAGUACUAGUUAGUAUUGCGAUUUAAAAAUUCUCGUAUGUUUUUUCGUUGGUUAGGAAAGCUCAUGCGCAGAUCGUCUUAAGAUCGACGGUUUAAAGCCAUACCUCAGUUGAUUAUGCCAAUGCCAUUGUAUCUGAUUAAUGUUUUCCAGGACUCUGACGUCUGUGUACGGAGAGAUGCUAAUAUCCAAUGAGAUCAUUAGUUGAGAAGUUUAAUCUCAAACGGCGCUUCUACAUUUCUGAUUUGUAGUCAUGGUGUAGGUUUAGAAUUACUGGAGGUCGUUAACGUUGUAGGGAUGUGAUCAUUUGGUAAAGACUGUACCUCUGGAUUUACUAAACCAAAUUUUGGUGGUUUUAGCUGACAAAGUUGCAUAUGGUCUUGAGUUGUUUUGCUUUUAUAAACGACAUUUAUAUUUCUGUCGUGACAUACGGUGUUGAAUAUUAUCGAUAUUACUCGAGUAAUAUCUAGUUCUAUCUUUGAGAGUUUAUAUAGGCUAUAUUUUUGUUUGUUGUCAGUGUGUGAGACGCUUUAAAGGAGGGCGUGAUUUUACAUGAAGAAAAUGUGUUACCCUCGAUCAUUUUUCAAGUGUGUUUACACUUCGGAUGGGCAAAGUGCAAGGUGUUUAAAACUCUUUAGUAGAAUGAUGUGAAGAAGCUCUUAUUCGAAAGGGGCAGCAAUAGUUUUAUAUUUUAGAUGAUGGCAAGAAAUAGCUAAACGAAACGAAAGCGAUCUUCUAUACGUCACACCUCAUGCAACUUUGUGCUGAUUUAUGUCUACUUUUGAAGAGAGAACAUCAUUCUGAUGUCACGUGACUAUUGCAUCAACCUUGGCAGGAAUGACCCAGGAGACCCAUGUACUGUUUGUGUCCUCAGGUCGUAUUUAUUUAUUUGAAUACUUUAACGCAACUUCUUACGUGCUUCUUAAUUUCAUUUGCGUUUCGUUUGCACACUUGGUCUCAUUUUUUAACACUCGUUCGUUUUAAGCCACGUCAUAUCGACGAUGACUACUGAUUUUUUAUUACUAGUAUUUGAAAAAAAAAACAGUCUAAAGCGCCUUUAAAGUAUUUAUCUCAAACCAAGUGACCCCUCGUGGCACGUUGACACGCUUGUCUGCUUGUAUGACACCUGUGUUUCGUUCUUGGAUGUUUUGUCUGAGACGAAGUGAUGCAAGCAUUCACGUUUGUUUAUGAAAGUGAUCAAAGUUCCACACCUGUCUGCUCACUAAAAUAGACAAAACAAACAAUAAAGACAGCAUGUAAAAAGUGUACUGUUCUCUGUGUUUAGCAAUGGAAAAUAAACAUGUUACGAGUGAAAGUGCACAUACCUAUUAAAACAAGACAGUAUUGAAAGUGCAGUUUACUUGCAUUUCAGCUGGAAUAUCUUUGCAUGACAGUCACUUGAACACUAGGUUUGGUGUUAUUUCUCUUUUUGAUUUUCUAUUGAAUGCUGGUUUUCCUAAACCUUUCUCUUAUCUAUUUUACCAGCUUUGUUAAGUGCACAUAAUAUUUUUGUUCCAAGAUGACGCUGACAAUGGCAGUGAAAAUGUGGAUGAUAUUAUGGAAAUGGUGAUAUUUCUACGGCAUGCUUUUGUAUUAAGCUCAUUGUUGUCGACGCAGGGUGACUGAUAUUUAUAUUAACAACUAUAAGAUUUCUCAUUAGUAUGAGACUGCUUGACUUCAGAGAAGCACUUGCAAUAUUAGAGGAACAUGCAUGGGAUAGUUAACUUCAAGAUCAAAUUUAUUCGUCUGCUGUCGGCAGUGAUGUCUUACUGCUGUCUGUGCUCUGCAAACAACACCUGCAUGGAAAUUUUCCUACUGUUAUCGGGGGUUUUAUGACAAACCUGAAGCGUCCAGGCUCUCCCGAACUAAGCGGUAAAAUCCACCUGCACUUACAGCACCGGACUGUUUUCAUUUCACUCGUAUCACUGCUCAAAUGGAAACAGUACUGAAUAGUUUCUCUGAGGUUGAGUCUUCUCACAGUAGCCCUCUGUUAGAUUUGUUUUUCUGUAUAAGAUAACAUUCUCUUUGAUUUUUGAUGAUUCUUACUCUUGUUAUUGCUCUAUUCUCAAACAUGCUAUGUGUAUUCCCAGACUUAAACAGAUGUGUUCAGAAGUUAUAAAUAAAUGAGAUUUAA